AUGCCCAUGCACCCCCCACCCGCCUCUAUGACGUGCGACAUCUACGUCUCGGAAGAAGCGUUCAAUCGCUCCCCACAACUGGUCCCGCAAAAGAUCAAUUAUGGGGUGGGGGAGGAACCACCGCCGUUCGCCUCCGCGGCCGAGUGCGACAAGGGAACGCAUGACCGUUCCCGUAAGCACCACCAGCCGGGGACCCAGCCGCAAACACGUUUCGGCGAUGGUGUGCUGAUGAGGAUCAUGGGACCAGACAAUCCGGAAGUUGCGACCCAGGCUGAGGAACAACCGUUGAACUGGUCCCCUAAACAGGGCAGAGCCCAGGAUUUGGAUCGAUUCCCCAAGGACCUGCCGCCGCCGAAAUUCGAGUCAAAACCUGCCGCUCGUCCGCCGACAAUAACAUCGCCCCCGGUGAAAGAACGCGAGGACGAAUCCCCUCAAUCGCCCGAGCGUAUCCUCCCUCCGCCCGUCCCGUCGCAAGAUCUCAAACCAGCCUUCUCCCCGCAACGUCCCCGUCUCCUGUCCCUCACCGCUCCACCGACAGGCCCGCCGAUAUAUCUCGCGCCGCAUCGAAGAACCUCAACUGCAGAAGGACACUCCCCUGAUUCCAAGCAGCCAGAACUGCACUCUCGCAUCUCUCUCCCGUCUCUCCAGUCACUAGCCUCGCCUCCCAAUUCAUGUGUCGGAGCUUCCCCAGAUACGGGCGGUAAUACGCACAGCCUACCCUCUAUUCACUCCGCCUUAGGACUAUCACAAUCUGAGUUCUCCUCAGCUCGGAUCAACGGCUUUCCUCCUCCCCCUUCUUACUCCUACCCACCGUCUGCUACGUCGCGCAAUGAUUCCCCUCACGAGCGUCAAUUACCUAGUCUUUUACCGCAGAUCCCUCCUAGUCCGCUCUCUCAUCUCUCUCCUAUCAGCAUCAAAGAUAUAUCCACCAAUGCUUCUCCGGCCUCACAGCCAUCUUUCUGGCGUACGCCAACCUCCGCCGUGUCAAGCGAGCAGCAAAUUCCUCCGCCGCCACCACCCCCACCGCCACCUCCAUCGGAAUCCAAUCAUCAUCACUCCUCGAUGAUUGCCAAAAGCCCGGCCACAAGCUAUCCCACUCCCACGGAGCCAGUGGCCUCCACCGCCGGGGAGCGGACUUCAUUCAGCUCGCAUCCUUCACCAGAAGAUGGAUCAGCAAUCACGAAUAUAGGUGUCUACAAAUGUACACAUCCUGGGUGUACCGCGGCCCCAUUUCAAACCCAAUAUCUGCUCAAUUCCCAUGCAAAUGUGCACUCGUCAGAUCGGCCACAUUUCUGUCCCGUAGAAGGCUGCCCUCGUGGUGUAGGCGGGAAAGGGUUUAAACGUAAAAAUGAGAUGAUGCGGCAUGGCCUAGUGCAUAACUCGCCUGGCUAUGUCUGUCCGUUCUGCCCGGAUCAGCAACAUAAGUAUCCCAGACCCGACAAUCUUCAACGGCAUGUUCGUGUCCAUCAUGUUGAUAAAAGCAAAGAUGACCCAAUACUCCGUGGAGUUCUCGCACAACGUCCUAUCGGCAGUACACGAGGCCGUCGGAGGCGGCUAAAUGGAUGA